GUGGGGCUGCUGGGAAUGGCUGUGCCCCCUUCUGCUCCGCUGCCCUGCUCGCCCUUUUACCUGCGCAGGCCUGCGCCGGGUCCGCAGUGCUCAUGGGGCAUGGAGGAGCCAGAGGAGGAGGAGCCCCCGAGCCCCCCGAGGGCCGCCGCUGCCGCCGCCGCCGUCCCGUGCUUCGCCGUCGCCGUGGACCAGGACGACAUCCUCCCCGGAGCCCUGCGCCUCAUCCGGGAGCUGCGGCCGCACUGGAAGCCCGAGCAAGUUCGGACCAAGCGUUUCACAGAUGGCAUCACCAACAAGCUGGUAGCCUGUUACGUGGAGGAGGACUUGCGGGACUGUGUGCUGGUCCGGGUUUAUGGGGAGCGGACAGAGCUGCUGGUGGACCGGGAGAAUGAGGUCAGGAACUUCCAGCUGCUGCGGACCCAUGGCUGUGCCCCCAAACUCUACUGCACCUUUCAGAAUGGGCUGUGCUACGAGUACGUGCAGGGCGUGGCCCUGGGACCUGAGCACAUCCGAGAGCCCAGGCUCUUCAGGUUAAUCGCCUUAGAAAUGGCAAAGAUUCAUACCAUCCACGCCAAUGGCAGCCUGCCCAAGCCCACCCUCUGGCACAAGAUGCGCCAUUAUUUCACGCUGGUCAAGGAUGAGAUCAACCCCAGCCUCUCUGCAGAUGUCCCUAAGGUGGAGGUGUUGGAACAGGAGCUGUCUUGGCUGAAGUCCCACCUGUCCCAGCUGGAGUCUCCUGUGGUGUUCUGUCACAACGACCUCCUCUGCAAGAACAUCAUCUACGAUAGCACCAAAGGCCACGUGCGCUUCAUCGACUAUGAAUACGCUGGCUACAACUACCAGGCUUUCGACAUCGGCAACCAUUUCAAUGAGUUUGCAGGUGUGAAUGAGGUCGAUUACCGCUGGUACCCAGCGCGGGAGACUCAGCUGCAAUGGCUGAGCCUCUACCUGCAGGCACAGAAGGGGGCAGCUGUGACCCCCAGGGAGGUGGAGCGGCUCUAUGUGCAAGUCAACAAGUUUGUGCUGGCAUCCCACUUCUUCUGGGCCCUGUGGGCACUCAUCCAGAACCAGUAUUCCACCAUCAACUUCGACUUCCUCAGGUACGCAGUGAUCCGAUUCAACCAAUACUUCAAGGUGAAGCCUCAGGUGUCGGCCCUGGAGAUGCCAAAGUGACCAGCCUCUCAUUCCUUCUUGCCCAUCAGCCAACCAAACCUGUUUUCCGGGGCUCCCUUCGGCUCUGGGGUCCGAGAGAGGACAGGUGGGUGUUCAUGGAGAAGGCCCCCGGUGGAGGCCACUGAAGACCUCAUUUUCCUGUUUGGAGGGGCCAUCGCUGGGGUCCCCUUCACCCUGGCCAGGCUCGGGGCGGAAGUGCCUGCAGACAGCCGGGGCCUGGACCCAUCACCCCUGCGGAAGAUACCACUGCCAGCCCAGGCUUGCUGGAGUUUGGGCUGCCUCGGGUGUCUCUGGACAUUCCUAAUGGGGGGAGAGGGUGGGCUCCUUUCUACCUCCUGUGCCCUAGCCUCCAGCCGUCACGCUGCAUGCCCCCACGUGGGGAGGUGCUGAGCGCCAAGCCGGCAGGAGGCCAACUGCCCAGCAGCUGUGCUGAGCCCCCAGGAAGCAGUGACCUAGAAUGGAGCUAGCUUCACUGCAGCCACCUCGUCAGAGACCCCCUUUCUCCAAGCCGGAUCCCAUCCUCUUCCCCGGCCUGUUCCCUCCAGGGCCCUUGCUGCUCAGUCACGGGAACGGGGGAUCACCCUUCCAGAGGAGAAAUGGCCUAGAGUGGGGUGGCCAGAGCCAGCAGCCUUUCUCCCUCCCUCCCUGCCCUCCUUUGCAAGGGCCAUGUCCAUCUCUACUUUCUGCCCUAAAGUUGACCUGUCUUCCCACUUGAGAAUGGCCAGUUGGAGGCAAGAAGCAGGAAGCCAGGGACCUUGAGGCCAGUGGGAAGGGGUCUGGGCCUGACUGGGCCUAGAAGGUACUGGCUGGGCCCCUGAACUGAGCAGCCUCCACCUCCCUGUCCUGGAAGCUCCUGGCUCAGGCUUUGACAGUGAUUCAUUUAUGAAUUAAUCAUGGUUUUCUGCAUUAAAACUCAUUUCUGGAC